UUAAUUUGUCUAUCCACGCAUACUCGUCCUAUAUUACGCAGUAUCAGGCUGAUGGCCAUUCGUGUGACUCGAAUACAACUAUCUAACGCGAUAUGUGAAAUAUAUAGUUGUGUGUGGCUUGUCUAGCUAUGCGCAUAUACACACUCAUAAACAUGAUGUAUAUGUAUAUCGUAUCGUCAUCAUGAGAGAAGUGAAGUGAGGUAGAGGCCACCCACUCUUUCCCACAGCAGGUUUUUCCCACGCCCCCCAGGGUAACCCCAACAUCCUUUUGCGGCAGCAAUUCCACGGCACGUACGGAGUAGAGGGGUGUAGCUCACGUCAGGUGGGGAACAAGAAGGGAAACUGGAGGCGCUUGGGUCGACCAGGCCAUUGUACAACAGUAAAACAAUAGAAUCAACAGGAGAAUAGGUGACGAGGACGCAAAAGGAUUUGCGAAUGGUGAAGAAUCGAGGAAUAAUGUGAUACUUGUGAAUAACUAAUAAUAAUUUAAAAAAAUGCAUUGGGAUUUAUGUUUCGAAUCGAGUUGAAAAAUAAGGUAAAGGGGCAAAGAUAAUUAUGACAUGCAUAGAUGACAAGGAUAAUCUUCAAGCAACCUAACAACUCUAUUGUAUAGUCGAGAGAAUCGAAGUGAAGGUUAAAUAUGCCACACCAGUUUGGUUUGCCCACGAUGGCACAUGGAAUGCAGUCUCCUCCUUCGCCGACUUCGGUUAUGUCAGUUUACCCUCGAUUCGGAUCCGGUGUUUAUAGACCGGAUCACCAAGAUCAAAGGUUGACACGCGAAGCAAUGGAACGGUAUUUGCGCGAUAGAAGCGACAUGGUUAUUGUAAUCCUUCAUGCGAAAGUUGCGCAAAAAUCGUAUGGUAACGAAAAACGAUUCUUCUGUCCUCCACCAUGUAUCUAUUUGUUUGGAGAUGGAUGGAGAAUGCGUCAGGAACAGAUGCUUCGAGAAGGAGAGAGCGAGCAGUCCGCUCAACUGUGCGCGUUUAUCGGAAUCGGUAAUUCCGAUCAAGAUAUGCAACAGCUCGAUUUGAACAAUGGUAAACAGUAUUGCGCGGCAAAGACACUUUAUAUUUCGGACUCGGAUAAGAGAAAGCAUUUUAUGCUUUCGGUGAAAAUGUUUUAUGGUAGCGGACAUGAUAUCGGUGUGUUUCAUAGUAAAAGAAUCAAAGUGAUCUCGAAACCGUCGAAGAAAAAACAAUCUUUAAAAAACGCUGAUCUGUGUAUAGCGAGCGGAACAAAGGUUGCCCUAUUCAAUCGGUUACGAUCUCAAACAGUUAGUACGCGUUAUCUUCACGUAGAGAACGGAAAUUUUCAUGCAAGUUCUACGCAGUGGGGUGCAUUUACUAUACACCUAUUGGACGAUAACGAGAGUGAGUCGGAAGAGUUUCAAGUACGAGAUGGUUACGUACAUUACGGUAGUACAGUGAAAUUGGUAUGUUCUGUAACGGGAAUGGCGCUUCCACGUCUAGUAAUUCGAAAAGUGGACAAACAAAUGGCUAGUCUAGAGGCUGAUGAUCCCGUUUCGCAGUUGCAUAAAUGCGCCUUCUAUAUGAAAGACACGGAUCACAUGUAUCUCUGUUUGUCUCAAGAACGUAUUAUCCAAUUUCAGGCUACUCCUUGUCCAAAAGAAGCAAACAAAGAGAUGAUAAACGAUGGUGCCUGUUGGACAAUAAUUAGCACUGACAAGGCAGAAUAUCAAUUUUUUGAGGGUAUGGGUCCGGUUAGAUCACCAGUGACGCCAGUACCAUUGGUCCACAGUUUACACUUGAACGGUGGCGGGGACGUUGCAAUGCUUGAAUUGACUGGAGAUAAUUUUACGCCUAAUCUUCAGGUGUGGUUUGGGGAUGUGGAAGCAGAAACUAUGUACAGAUGUCAAGAAAGCAUGCUUUGCGUAGUACCAGACAUAUCACAAUUUAGGGGCGAAUGGCUUUGGGUACGACAACCAACUCAGGUACCUGUCUCGUUAGUUCGCAACGAUGGUAUCAUCUAUGCAACUGGUCUGACGUUCACCUAUACUCCAGAACCUGGUCCUCGACCUCACUGCCCGCCCGCAGAUGAAAUUAUGAGAGCGCCGCGUGCCAUGCACAAUCAAGCGAGCAUGCCACCUGCAAUCGCGGAUGUACCUUGGAACACUCAUCAACCUCCUCAAUCGGGUCUCUGAUGUUUUCUUGACAAUUACAGUGCGCAUCACCAAAGUUUACGAGUUAGUGAAACGAACACUGUUUCGAACGUUUCUGUUCAUUUUUCGAACGAUAUUCCUAUUGUUUCUAUCGAUACCGAGUCGAUCAGCAAUAAUGCUAACUCAACCAUCACUUAUACAACGAAAGACCUGUUGCAUCGAGUCAAUAACACGACGAGUUUGAAUGAUACGAAAAGCAGCACAUAGCAACCGCUUCGUUGCAUUGCGUUGCGAUCCAUUGCGUUAUAUUAUGUUGCCUUUUGUGGGUACUACAUAUGUACAGUGCUGAGCCGAGAAUCGUUUCCCUAUGUUUAUAAAUAUGUAGGUUCCUAGCUUUAAGUGUUAAUACAGAAUUACACAGGGAUUAAAAUUUAUAGCGAUUUUAGGAUUAAGAGCUUUCUACGAAUGUGAAUAUUUAGCUAAUUAGUGAGUAAAAAGUUAUGAAAGGAAUGGGAGGGGAAGGGAGAGCGCGCAAAUUUAAAAAAAAUUUGUUCGUCUAUGAAAUGAUAAAACGAAUUGAUAUCCUUUCGUAAUAUCAAUUCAAUUAUCAGAAUACGGCAAUUGCCAGACUGCAAUUACAUAUCGAUCGCUGAAAAUGAGUAUACAUUUUUCGUCGAUUAUUGCUAAUUUUUUACUUGAAAGAUCUUUUUAUCGAAGAGAUCUUGUUUGGCUUAAAAUUGACCGUUGACAUCAGAAAUAUCGUGAAUAAAAACGAUAUGUGACAUACAAUGUAUAUUAUAUUCGUAUAUAUAAUUUUUAGCGUGAUCUUGCUGAUAUUUUUACAUAUAUCAAAUUUAAAAAUAAUCGAUUUUUUUAAAAAAACAUUCGUUUUUAUUGAAAAAAAUAGAUAACUUGCUAUCGCGGAUUAAAAUUAAAUUAUUAAUUAUUAAUUUAUUUUUUAUAAGUCAACCGACAAAUGAUUACUAUUACUUUUGUAAAGUAUUUUAUUCAUGUAUAGAAAUCAUUCUAGUUUUACAGAAAAAAUGAAUCCAUUUUAUAAUUUAAAAUUAUAAUAUGUUAUAUCGGUUGACUUUGUGCGCUAUUCAAUUGAAUUAUUCAAUUAUUAAUUUUUUCGUACCGAUUAUUUAUUAUAAUAAUUGUAUUAUUUCGUCGAUGAAACUUUUGAUUGCUUAUUAAUGUAAACAAAUAUUAUGCACGCUUUUUAUUAAUCUCACUGAUUAUCAAUACCUUAAUUUUUCAAUUGUGAUAAAAAUUUUUGGUAUCAAUCUGCAGAGACGACAAUAUGCUUGUUCACUUGAAAAUAUGUAUUGGUGCAUUUUAAAUGGAUGAAACAAAAGAAAAGUUUAAGUAGUAUAUAUACGUUUUUAUGUCUCUCUAUGUUUUGCAAUAAAUUGAAAAGAUUUAUAUAAUAAAAUCUUUACUCUAUUACCUAUACAUUAUUUCCAAAUCCCAAGAUUCAAUAGUAGAGACAACCAGAACUAUUAAUGUAUCGAGUUGGAUCAAAGAAAUAAUACUGUUUUUAACUGAAUUUGUUGGAAAUAUGAAGAAAGUGAGACAUUGUUAUAUACAAAAUACGGUAAUACAUUUCGAUCAAAAUAAUGGAAUUUUAUUAAAAUGGAAACUAGAAAUUAUCUAUCAGAAACAAUUCAUUUCUUGAUUUUUCAAUUUGGUAUGAGUUCUUUUCCAGAUACCAUCGAAUAUAAUUAUUUGCAGCAGGAAGUGAGAUAAGAUCGCUUUGGGAAUUGUCUUCCUGAAGAGAUCCAUUGUAAAAGAGGAAUGUCGGUAUAUGUAUACUAUGGGAAUUUACCCACGAUUAAAAUUUGCACCAAGUACCUGAAGAACAUGAUUAUCUUUAUUCACAGUAAUAAAUUUUUUAAGUUAAUAAUUACAUCCUUACAUGUAUCAGUGGACGGAUAAUUAUUGAGUAAUCAUUACGUUUCAUUAGAAAAUUAUUUUAAGUACACAUUCGAACGUAAAUUCUACAUUUUU